UGUGUGUGCGCGUCUGCGGGGCUUUGCUGUGACUGUCUGGCUGCUGGGACGGACGGACGGACGGACUGAGGGGCUUCACUAACACUAACACGCUAAAACAGGACAUUUAACCACAUUUAAACACAAUCAAGAGGCGGGGUUUUUUAUCUGUCACGGAUUUGGACAUUGUAUUCUACAUAACUAUCUACCAAGUUGGAGCUCAGUGGACUUUAUUCUCAUUCUCUCUGGCUGUCUCUCAGUGAACCACUGCAGCAGCAGCAGCAGCAGACCGAGCACCACGCCGCUCCGCUGAGCCGCUGUUGUUGUUGUUGUGAGAGAAGAAGCUCAAGCAGCAGCCCGCUCCAGCUGUGUGAUCAUUGACAGAGCUCAAUACACACACGCUUCAACUGUGCAGCGAGUCUCCUCAAGGAACCGACCAGCUGGUGGUGUUUGUGUUGUGCUGAAGUCACAGAGGUAUUACAUGAUAUAUUUUUUAUAUCUGAACCACCGUCAGGCACUUGACCAAUAGGAACAUUUGCACAAUUUCCACCAGCUUGUCUGCAGCCCCCUCUCAACCCAGACAGUCUUCUGCCCCAGCAUGAAUGAAGUCAGUGUUGUGAGAGAGGGAUGGCUCCACAAGAGAGGUGAAUACAUUAAAACAUGGCGACCUCGUUACUUCAUCUUAAAGAGCGACGGCUCCUUCAUCGGUUACAAAGAGAAGCCUGAGGUGUCCAGUGACCACAGCCUCCCACCACUCAACAACUUCUCUGUUGCAGAAUGCCAGCUGAUGAAGACAGAGCGCCCAAGGCCCAACACAUUUGUCAUUCGUUGCCUGCAAUGGACCUCCGUUAUUGAGCGCACUUUCCAUGUAGACAGCAACGAGGAGAGGGAGGAAUGGAUGCGAUCGAUCCAGGCAGUGGCAAAUAGCCUGAAGAGUCAGCAUCAGGAUGAGGAGCCCAUGGAGAUUAAAUUUGGCUCGCCAAGCGACAUCAGCGGCACAGAGGAGAUGGAGAUUGCUGUGUCCAAAUCCCGCACAAAAGUGACCAUGAGUGACUUUGACUAUCUGAAGCUGCUGGGAAAAGGGACGUUUGGUAAGGUGAUCCUGGUGAAGGAAAAGGCCACGGGGAUGUACUACGCCAUGAAAAUCCUCCGCAAAGAAGUCAUCAUUGCUAAAGAUGAGGUGGCACACACAGUUACAGAAAGCAGAGUUCUCCAAAAUACGCGGCAUCCCUUUCUAACGACACUAAAAUAUGCAUUUCAAACGCAUGACCGGUUAUGCUUUGUGAUGGAGUAUGCAAAUGGAGGAGAACUCUUCUUUCACUUAUCACGGGACCGAGUCUUCUCAGAAGACAGAGCCAGAUUCUAUGGUGCAGAAAUAGUGUCAGCACUGGAGUACCUUCACUCACGCAAUGUAGUUUACAGGGAUUUAAAGCUGGAGAACCUCAUGUUAGACAAGGACGGCCACAUAAAGAUAACAGACUUUGGGCUUUGUAAAGAGGGGAUCACAGACGGUGCCACCAUGAAAACCUUCUGUGGGACCCCGGAGUACCUGGCACCAGAGGUGCUAGAAGACAACGACUACGGACGAGCGGUGGACUGGUGGGGGCUGGGCGUGGUCAUGUAUGAGAUGAUGUGCGGUCGGUUGCCCUUCUACAACCAGGACCACGAGCGUCUCUUUGAACUUAUUCUCAUGGAGGAGAUCCGCUUCCCCAAGAACCUGGCUCCUGAGGCUAAGGCUCUGCUGGCCGGCCUGCUCAAAAAGGAUCCAAAACAAAGGCUUGGAGGCGGACCAGACGAUGCCAAAGAAGUGAUGAGCCACAAGUUCUUCACCUCCAUCAACUGGCAGGAUGUUCUUGAAAAAAAGCUUAUUCCACCCUUCAAGCCCCAGGUUACAUCAGAGACGGACACGCGUUACUUCGAUGAUGAGUUCACAGCACAAACCAUAACAAUAACUCCCCCUGACAAGUAUGACAGUUUAGAUGCAGAGGAUUCAGAUCAGCGCACACACUUCCCUCAGUUCUCCUACUCUGCCAGCAUACGGGAAUGAUCGUUCAGACUCUUGAACAAGCAGGCAGGCUCACACACGAUCACAAUCCCACAUACACACUUGCGCUGCUGGAGAACGACACAAACACAAACUGGCACAAGACACAUUUUCAUUCGGUCUUUAACGCACGUAUACACACACAGACACACAUAUCCUGGCUAUUCAGACAAGACAGGGAUCAUGGAG